UUUUGUUUGAAGCAAAUGCAAGUGAGAGGUUGAAUCUGUUUGGUCACUAGUAGCAUUACGAUCGAGCCAAGAAAUUCCAGCAAAGUUCGGCAGGAGUGCACACUGGGCUUUUAGUCAGUUUUAACUCCCUUGCCUCGUGAAGAUGGGGUUUGACGAAAGCAUCUACAGCCCGGCAAAGCAUUCUGUUUUCUGUCAUCACUCUGCGCUUCUUUCCCUUUCCCGAACAUCGUGGAUCUUUAUUUUCACAAAACAAGAAAGCAAAGCACUCCGAAAGGUAUGGGGGUAGAUAUCAAUACCUGGAGAGUAAAGAUAGGAACUUUUUCGAGACGAAAACCAAGCGUAAAGUUUGAACUAACACAUUGUGUGUGUCGGUGUCAGUGGCCACGCUUUUCGUGAUAGCGAUGUUGGCUGUGACUGUGUGCGGGGACGUUGAGACGAGACGGUGAAUUUACAUGUGUUUCAAGAAAUGGGCAAAGUGUUGUAGAUUAUUUGAUUGUUAGUUCAUCUUCAUUUCCAGUGAUAAAUGCUUUCAAGAUUGGUAUCUUGGAUGAUUCAGAUCAUUUUCCAGCCAUAGGUGAAUUUGUAGCAAAACAGCAAGCUAGUAUGGAAAAUGAAUAUCUUACACCAAAUAUAAAUGGGAUUCUAGAUAUUCUGACACGUUCCAGAGACUAAUCAGAGAUGAAACUGCAGCGGAAUUAAUUGCGGAGAUUGUAAAUCAAGCUGAAAACAACAUAGAAGAGGCUGUACUAUUAAUUAACGACUUCUACGGUAGAGCUGCUGAAUGCAUGAGCAGACGACAAACGUCACGUGAUCAGCAGAUGAGGACUCAACCCCAAUGAUGGGAUAGUGACUGUGAGACAGCAAAACAAGAAAAAUAUCUAGCUCUUGAUAAACUCAGGAUAACCAAUCUUCACCAAGAUAUUCAAGAUUAUCAAAGAUUAAAAUAUCUUUUCAGAGAUGUUUGCCGAAAGAAAAAAGAAGAUUUUAAAAGAAGUGUAUCGGACAAUCUCAUCUCAGUUAAACACAAUACUGGCGAUCUCUGGAAGGAACUGAAGAAGCUAACAACUUCAAAACCUAAUAACAAAAUAACUUCACAUGUAUCCUAGGUAGACGUUUGUGCUCUACCGGAUAUUUCUCUUAUGACAACACACAAGUCCGUCUGUGGGUCCACAACGUUUAUUCGUGAUCUUAAUAUGUCUAUAUAACUACAUAGUAGUAUGGCCAAGCAGGAUCUCUGAGGCGUAAGAGGGCCAACCUGCCUAGCCGCUGUCCGAGGGUCAAGUCCCGACUAACAGAAAGCGUACUAUCUUUAACCCUCACUGUCAGACUGCAAUGUAUCGUGUUACGUUACAUAGAUGGUCAGCCUGCAGUAUCCCGCACAACAAUGUGGCCCCUAAUUACCGGUUCAACCCCCUGAAGAUGACCAGAGGCAACUUCCGACCUCGAGGCCGUGGAGGUCGUUUUUUAGGUGUAAACCAGCAGUCUCCUCGGCUGCCGUUCUACCACAAUGCCAGAGGACAACCUCGAGGGAAGAGGCAUUUCAAGUUCUAAACAGUGAAGAGUGUCCUGGAGCGACUUGUUCAGAAGAUCAGAACAGAUCAAGCGGAAGGCCUUGUUGUUCUUCCCUACUGGCCCACCCAAAGCUGGUUUCCUGCAGCACUGAAGAUGUGUGUCUCCCCACCAAGAGCACUUCCCAGAGGCAGACAGACUCUGGUACUUCCUUACAAUCCCAACAAAGUACACCCCCUGCACAACAAUAUGUUACUUCUAGUUUGCCAUUUGUCCGGCAAGGUCUCCAGGGCAUGGGGCUCCCUGAGAGCUCCGUUUGCAUUAUUAUGAAUUCUUGGCGGAAGGCAACGAGGCAUCAGUACAGAUCCUAUCUGGAUAAAUGGAACAUUUUCUGUGUUAAAACUAACAGUGACCCCUUAGAUCCCUCUCCAGUUGUAUGUAUUAAGUUCUUGACAGAAUUGUAUGAUUCAGGUGUUGGUUAUAGCGCUAUAAAUACAGCACGCAGUGCUUUGUCCUCCAUAUUGACCUUACCAUCUGGUCUCCCAAUUGGUCAGCACCCUAUCAUAAAGAGGUUCUUACGCGGUGUCUAUAACACUCGCCCAUCACUGCCAAAGUACCAUCAAACAUGGGAUGUUGGUACGGUACUUGUUUACUUGGAUAGACUGGGAGAAACUUCUGAGCUCUCACUCAAAGAUUUGACGUUGAAAUUGAAUAUGUUAUUAGCAUUGGUUUCUGGUCAAAGAGCUCAGUCAUUACAUUUGCUCAAAUUGAAAAAUAUGUCAGAAUCAAACAACAAAGUACUUUUUGUUCUCACUGAUUUAGUUAAGCAGUCUAGACCAGGUAGUCAUUUGAAACCUAUAGAAUUAGAGAGAUUUGAGAAUGAGAGACUGUGUGUGGUGAGUUGUCUCAAAUCCUACUUAGAGAGGACUAGUGCAUACCGGACAGAUAGUGUCCAUGACCAACUGCUGUUGAGUCACUUAAGGCCUCAUAAGCCGGUCACAAGAGAGACUGUGUCAAGAUGGUUAAAGAACACCCUAGCAAUGGCUGGUAUUGACAUUACUGUGUUUUCAGGACAUAGCACUAGGGCAGCUGCUACCAGUGCAGCCAGUAGUCAAGGUACACCCAUCCAAACAAUCAUGGCAGCUGCUGGAUUGUCUUCUGAGAAUGUGUUUACAAAAUUGUAUUGUAAGCCUGUGAAACAUGAUGGUUCCUUUGGGUCAGCGGUAUUGAGCUCAAUGAGCUCAACGUCUGAAAUCUCAGAAUGAUUAUGACAACAAUGAUGAUUCAUGUGUGUUUAGUAUUUAGCAUUUAGUAUUGUUUCUUGCUAUUUAGUUCAGAAUUGCUCACAUUAUAUCCCUGCAGGGUUGA